UAUCGAAAGUGUGCCCGAUAUUUUGUUGGCUGGCUACGAUAUUUUUGGCGGCGUUUGGUAUUUUUUAGGCAAUUUAUAUUAAGAGCAGAAUAAUGGCAGUCUUACGCGGGUGGAGAUUUGUUGGCUUUGUAUCAUGCAUAGUUGGCGCAAUUGGAAUAACUUUAUAUCCGGUUAUCGUGGACCCCAUGAUAAAUACUCAAAAAUAUAAAUCGUUGCAAGAAAGAGCCAAACGUUCAACAUAACUUAAUAUUGUUAAAACCGACUUGUAUUAAAUUACUCACACCGUCAUGCAUAUGUUAAUUAAUCCAUACAUGCUGUGCAUGCAAUAAACACGAACAGCUGUUACUCAACACGUA